GCGGGUUGUGUCGCGAUGUUGCUCUCGCCGCCGCCGCCGCCGCCCUCGUCCCUGCCCUGUGGGCGGGCGGCAGGCGGCUCCCCUGGCCUUGGGGCGCGAGCGGCCGGGCCGGAGCUCCAGAGGGAGGCUGCUCCCCGACAGCCGCCCGACGAAGAAGGGGAGCGAGGCCGCGCCGGAACUAUGCCCGAGUGCACCCCGCUCCGGACGGCUGGAGCCGGCUCAGAGCCGGCCAGGGCGUCGUCCGAAGCGGAGGCCGCUGCGUCAACUGCCCAGGAAGAAGGAGAAGCAAGAGCAGCAGCAGCCGAAGACUCGUGUCCCCGGUGGGGACCCCAGCACGCGGGAGCCCGGGAGCUGGCUGAACUGUAUUCCCCCGAUUCUCUGAAGUACCUCUUUUAUCGACAUUCUUUAAAAAAAUCACUAUCUUUGUAUUGCUCCAAAUGUCUAAUAAUUCACUUUCCUCUUUAUCCCUCCCCGCCCUUGUCUCUUAAAGUUGCAGGAGUCAUUACUGCUGACUUUGUAUCCGGUUUAGUGCACUGGGGAGCAGAUACUUGGGGAUCGGUAGAUCUGCCAGUAGUUGGAAAGGCAUUUAUUAGGCCUUUCAGAGAACAUCACAUUGAUCCAACAGCAAUUACCAGGCAUGACUUCAUAGAAACCAAUGGCGAUAACUGCAUGUUGACGGUGGUUCCGUUGGCAAACAUGGCCUACAAAUUAGCUUCUUUAUCACCAGAAACGUUACAUCAAACAUGUCCUUGGGAGUGCUACGUCUUUGCCCUGUCUGUAUUUGCAACCUUGACCAACCAGAUUCACAAGUGGUCUCAUACCUACUUUGGUCUUCCUCGCUGGGUAAUUUUUCUGCAGGACUGGCACAUUAUCCUGCCACGGAAACACCACCGGAUCCACCAUGUGUCUCCACAUGAGACAUAUUUCUGUAUUACUACAGGCUGGCUGAACUACCCACUGGAAAAAAUCAAAUUUUGGAGAUUCCUGGAGAAUAUGAUUGAAGGACUAACAGGAGAAAAACCCAGAGCAGAUGACAUGAAAUGGGCCCAGAAAAUAAAAUAACCCUUGCCAGGCUUCUGCUGUUGUGAAAACCUGUUGCCAAUUUUUUUAAAAAAAGAAAAAAAGCCAUCAGCCAAAUUAAAAGACUUGCAGAAAGAUAAUGGACUAAAGCACAAAGCUUUUUAAAAAGUGCUAACAGACUGCAGUUAAAAGACUCACUCCUCAAAACAAUACUUGAAAAUUCAAAUGGAUUAUUCUCCUUUGUUACUGAGCACCUUCUGUUAGCCACAUUUGCUGAUAAUAGAACAUUGUCAUCCUUGAACCUCCAAAGCCAUUAGUUGGAGAAGGCAGUGUACCUUCCUAGUAACAUUUGUCAUUGGCACGGUAAUGUGUUGUAUCAACAUGAAUUUCCACUCUGAAAAUGAUUUAAGGCCAUAUGGAAUGGCAGAGAUAGCAAGCUAGCUCCCGGGUUUUUAAAGAACACGUUCAGAGUUGCUAUAUGAGACUCGGAGGGAAAGGCAUUGUCAUCACUUUAAUGCACUUAAGUGUUUGGUGCUUCCUUCCAGUUGCUUCAUCUUGCUAUCAUAUCAAGACAUUGUCCAUGUGGCAUUCAACAGAAUAUUUGGGAGUCUCAUCCUAGUUCAUUAGGGUUACUUAAAGCUGACUGUCUCCUAAAAUAAAGAAGUGUUCCAUUCCUUGCUGUAUCAGCCUACAAGCUAACUUGGUAGCAAUUUGGGAUGGGAGUGAAGCUGGACAGAAUUUGUGUUCUGCACAAAUGUCAGAUUUAAAUUACUUCCAUUGGAUCAUGUAGUGUUCAGUGAUUGGUUUUAUUCAGUAUGAUUCCUCUUCCAAAAUAUUUAAAAUAGCUACAGAAAAUUGGUCAUUGUCAAAUUUAAAAUAUUAGAAAGAAUAAGUUAAUGGUGUGUGUGAUUAAGGUGCUUGCUCAUUUCAUGUAAAUAUCAUAAAGCCUUAACUACUACUUCAUUGUAACAUGUAAUAAUAAUUUUAAUGUGGUCUGAAUGUAUAUAAUUUAUAACAAAGCAAUUCAAUUACACUAAUUGCAUUUGUUAAGUCUUGUGGCCAUUUUUGAGGGGAAGGGUAAAAUUGCAUCUCCAGGGGUUUUUUAAACAACCAAAAUCAAUGGGUUUUCUGUUUUUUAUACAGGAGUGUCCUACAAAACACUUUUUCUUUUUGCGAUAGACUUCUGUGCCUUUCUAAGGAGAUUAGAUGGCUAAUCUGUGUCUAAAAUGCAACUUUCUGUAUUUUUUUAAUUUAAGAAAAAGUUUGCACAUUUUCCCUCUUCCUUGUAUGUUUGAGAUUUUUCUAUUUAAGAACAAACUCUUAACUUCAUACCAUGACUGAUAUGUCUUACCUUCAUAGCAUUUUGCCUUUGGCACUCCAAAAUCUCAACAAAGAACACUAAAGUUAAAAAAUGGAAACUAAGAGACAUAAUUAAAAAAUAGAUGAAGGCAAACGAGAGAUACAAGUACCACUUCUAAAGAACACUCCAUUGAAAAAGCAAGUAUCACAGAGAGUCUCUCAGCUUUUACUGUGAUAGCAGGAUUUCUGAUUAAGAUUUUAAUCUUUUGGGCAAGUUAGCAUAUUUCUUACUUGGGAGGUCCAUUUUUGUGUGCAAAGGGGGCGUGUUUUUUCCUUCUGGUCAGUGUCAAUGUUGAUUCCUUUUGACUGCCUGGAGUAGUACUUGCAGUUUUCUUGGAAAGGAUUUUUGGAAGUGGUUUCCCUUCCUUCCUUCCUUCCUUCCUUCCUUCCUUCCUUCCUUCCUAGAGUUAAGAGAGAAAGUGACUGACUUAAGGUCAUCCAGCUGGCUUUGUGUUUUAAGGUGAGAGUCGAAUUCAGUCUAUCAGUUUCUAGCCUGAUGCCAUAAUAACAACAAUCAUCAGUGAAGCAUUUCAAUUUCUAUUCUGCUGAAACACAGCUUUUAAACUGGCUUUGAAUGAUCUCUCUCAUACUCUCUGUGUGUGUACACGCAAGCUGGCAGGGGAGGAAUUGAAGUCCAUCUUAAAAGGUGUGGGGGGGGGGGAGUUUUGGUAGGGUGUAAUAGAAUUUGGAAAAUCUGUCCAAAUUCCCUUCUUCUGCCCCUUAGUACCAUCCAAAUCACAGCAUGGUAAUUUUGAGCCUUUUCUUUCUGCUUCCUCCGUUCUCACAACUGAGAUGUCAUUUUCUGUCUUAUUAGCUAACAGCAAUUCAUGUUUGCAAAUACUAGAACUUUUGCUGCUAUUUUGUUCUAUGGCCCAGAAAUUCAGAGCAGUAUAAAUGAAUGUUAGAUUACAGGAAAGAACUGGGUACAUAGUAGACAUUCUCCAUUUAGCCAUCCUGGAAGGCAAAUUCCUGGAAGCCUAUCUGGAUCAGGCCCAGUGAGACCCCAAAUUUUUCUAGACUGAGCCUUUUCUCUUUCCAAUCUAAGACGAUGACUUCUCCAACCAGUAUUUAAAAAUAUUUCUGGUUGUACUGAAAUGUUUUAUUUCAGCUACCUGGCACCUGAGAGAAACCCUAAAGUCACCUCUUCUAUAGCAAAAUUUUGCCCCACAAGGAACACAGUUCUGAUGUGACCAUCUGCAGCGUCAAAUUUGCUUACGUGGGGAAAGCACUGAAUGCUUUAUUAAGUAUCUGGUUUUAUUUUGGUGCAUUACAGCAGGUAAUAAAUUUUUGAACUGAAUAGCUGACACAAAAAGUCACAUUAGUUAUUCUAGCUGAUAAGCCACUUGGACCAAAGGCACUGAAGGCAGCCAAUCAACUAUGUUGAUUGAAAGUGCUGACUGUACAAGGAAAGAAGCACUAAAGCCUAGUGUCCUUCUCAUGACUCUUGCCAUACUGUGAUUGAUAUCAAUGCUUGCAGAAACCAACUGUGUACUAUUGACUUUAUAAGAGGGCCCAUUUUGAGUGUGAGAUUAAGGAAAAGUCCACAAACUGCCCACUCAUUGCUUUAACGUACAUUCCUUUCUCAACCCGAAGGCAAAUCUCAUCAUUUAUUCUGCCACCCCAUUUUUUCCCCAAAACUAUACUUUCUUAUGUUAUACUUAGAGAAGCAAAUAGUUCCCUUAUUUACCAAAUAAACUUCAUACUAGACAGAAAUCUGAACUGGCAUGCCUCCAGAUCUAGUUGAACAAAAACCAAUAAAACAUUCACACUUUUUAAUUGAUAACUUUUUUUUAAUUUUUCUAUUCUGACUCUUAAUUAUGAUCCUAAGUUUUACCUGCCACAAUAAAUGUAUUAAAUGUUUGAAAG